UCUCAAACAAGACCUCUAGUAACGUGGGUGAAUGUGAGCCAUCCCCAAACUAAGAAAAUCUCUUACUACUUUCUUCAACCCAUCACCAAAAUCUCUCAAUUCAAUCCUCACGCUUCAAUUCCCACCAUCCUAUGGCUCUCAACUCCACUCAUAUCCCUACCAUAUCCUUAACCAUAAGUCCAUAACCAAAAACCCCAAAUAAAAUAAAAUAAAAAUUGCAACUUUUAUUCCAACUUCCACACUCUCACUCUUCCUUCUCCACCAUCAACUUCCAUGGCUUCUUCAAUGGCGUUCAAAUCCUUCACUGGUCUUCGCCAAUCAUCUCCUUCCACGUGUCUUGAAACUUCCAUUUUCAUCAAACCCACUAACACUUCUCUCAGAAUCUCCCCAAAAAUCAAAGCUGGUCUUACUAGUCCCAAGUUGACAGGAAGAAAUCUCCGGGUUGCUGUAAUCGGAGGUGGACCUGCAGGAGGGGCUGCAGCCGAAACACUAGCAAAGGGUGGAAUUGAGACGUUUUUGAUCGAAAGAAAGCUUGAUAACUGCAAGCCAUGUGGUGGAGCAAUCCCUCUUUGUAUGGUUGGAGAAUUCGAUUUACCAUUAGACAUCAUUGAUCGCCGAGUAACCAAAAUGAAGAUGAUUUCUCCAUCAAAUGUUGCUGUUGAUAUUGGGCAGACUUUGAAACCACAUGAGUAUAUUGGUAUGGUGAGGCGAGAAGUUUUGGAUGCAUACUUGCGUGAUAGGGCGUCUGAGUCUGGUGCAUCCGUGAUUAAUGGGUUGUUUUUGAAGAUGGAGCUGCCCAAGUCGAGUGAUGAGCCGUAUAAGUUGUAUUAUACGGCAUAUGAUGGUAAAACGGGUGGGGCGGGUGAGAAGCAAGUGUUGGAGGUGGAUGCUGUGAUUGGUGCUGAUGGGGCUAAUUCUAGGGUUGCUAAAUCCAUUUCUGCUGGGGAUUAUGAGUAUGCUAUUGCUUUUCAGGAAAGGAUCCGGAUACCCGACUCAAAGAUGGUCUAUUACGAGAACCUUGCAGAAAUGUAUGUAGGAGAUGAUGUCUCACCCGAUUUCUAUGGUUGGGUGUUCCCCAAAUGUGACCAUGUAGCAGUCGGCACUGGGACUGUAACCCACAAGUCAGACAUCAAGAAGUUUCAAUUAGCAACCCGAGUGCGAGCCAUGGACAAGAUUGAGGGAGGGAAAAUCAUCCGAGUGGAAGCCCAUCCCAUCCCUGAGCACCCACGGCCAAGAAGAGUUCUUGACAGGGUAGCCUUGGUUGGGGAUGCGGCUGGAUAUGUGACGAAAUGCUCUGGCGAAGGUAUCUAUUUUGCAGCCAAGAGUGGGAGGAUGUGCGCAGAGGCAAUUGUCGAGGGUUCAGAGAACGGAAAAAGAUUGGUGAACGAAGCGGACUUGAGGAAGUACUUAGAGAAGUGGGACAAGAAGUACUGGCCUACUUACAAAGUGUUGGAUGUGCUGCAAAAGGUGUUUUACAGAUCGAAUCCAGCAAGGGAAGCAUUUGUCGAGAUGUGUGCUGACGAGUAUGUGCAGAAGAUGACUUUUGACAGUUAUUUGUAUAAGACGGUCGUGCCUGGUAACCCAUUGGACGAUUUGAAGCUUGCGGUUAGGACAGUCGGAAGUUUGGUGCGAGCAUAUGGAUUGAGGAGAGAAAUGGAAAAGAUUGAUGCUUAAGAGAAUGCCAUGGUUUGUUAGAUGAUAUCUUUUGAUGUCAAUUUCGCUCCUGCUAAUUUAUUGAGGGGUGAUUCCAAAGUAUGUAAUAGUAUAAGUAGAGAAAUUCGAUUUAGUAGGAUGGACUAAAAUGUUAUGAAUAUGUAUAUCGUGUGUUAUGAAACUCUCCAAAUUGCUUUACAUAGCUGAAAAUUUAUCAGGAA